AUGUACACACUCGAGGGUCGCACGUGGCACAAUCAACUUCAGCAUCGAGGAGAGACCAUCAACACUGCGCCUGCAAGAUCGACGACAUUUGACGAAGAAAAAGUGGUAGCGUUGAAAAAGGCGAUUUUGCGUUCACUCGCUGAGGUACCUCCUGGCGCCAAUUGUGACUCUUCGGUGUACACUGGAGGACCCGGAAUUAGUUAAGCCUUGUCCUCCUAAUCCAUCUUCAGAAGCAGGUGGAAGCUGUCCCACGAGGAGAAAGGAGCGCCAAGACCACGCGUGUCUUCAAGGUGGAUUAGUAUUUUCAGGGCGACCUCUUCUAAAUUUGUUUGAUGUUUUCAUUUAUGCUUGACCCGGAGAUCGCUGCUCUUUACCUCGCUAACGGUGGUCGACAGUGGCGACGCAAGACUGAGCGACCACGACACUUGGAUUUGCGGACGUCGAUGCUAUGCGGUCAUUCUGGGGUUGUGCUCGCGGAAAUCGCAUUGCACAUGAGUAUCAAGCUUUCAUCUGCCUCCCAGUCCCAUGUUGCAACUUCGUCCACCAGUAGCGUUAAUACUGGUUCUCGUCGAGGUUGUCAAGAAGAUGAUGAGGGUGGACCUGUGGUCAACGCGCCGACGCCGUCGCCGGCAGGGUUUUCGGAGAAG